UGCACAAACCAAUAGGCCUAUGUUGUGCAUCCGUAAUAAGAGGCGUAACUAUCUUGGGGAGUUCAAGAGCAAAUUUCCGCUUCCUGCUGUGAGAAACGUUCAACUUGUCAGGUCGGUGGAAAAGCCCAGCUGCUGCGCUGUCUGCGGAAUGCAAGUAUUGAGAGAGGACACGCGCGCACCAGCUACGAAGCAGUGACGAACAGCGGCUGUUGGCAGCGGUGGGAAAAUGCUGGUGGUUACGUAUGGAGGAAUCAAUCGAGUAACCUAUGAGACGUGAUCUCUAUUGCCUUCACUCCUUAGGGCUGUUUGAAUGGUUAAGGGAGCAUCUAAAUAGUCACCUCGUCUCCACGGAAAAAUCCUCGUAAUGACGGAGAAAGGAGGGCUCCCGCGGAGUGGAGCGGCUCCAGGACCGCACCUGCAACCGUUCAAGCCUGUCACAAUGUCUUCUACUCGGCCGGUGCAGAUGAACCUAUAUGCCACCUGGGAAGUUGACCGGUCAUCUCCUAAUUGUGUACCCAGGAUCUUCAGCAUCACUUUGAAGAAGCUUGUGAUGUUGAAAGAGCUGGAUCGUGAUCUCACAUCAGUUGUCAUUGCCGUCAAACUUCAGGGUUCAAAACGAAUUCUGCGCUCCAAUGAAAUCCUUUUGUCCUCAGCUGGUUUGACUGAGACUGAUCUGCAGUUGACUUUCUCCUUACAGUAUCCUCACUUCCUCAAGAGAGAUGCCAAUAGACUCCAGAUAAUGUUGCAGCGGCGCAAGAGGUACAAGAACCGCACCAUUCUGGGCUAUAAGACCCUCGCUCUGGGCCUCAUCAACAUGGCAGAGGUGAUGCAGCAUCCCUCUGAGGGGGCUCGCGUUCUGGGCCUGCACACCACGGUGAAGGACACCGCUCUGCCCGUGGCGGAGAUCCGGGUGUACUCCCUGUCCAGUCAACCUAUCGAUCACGAGGGUCCCAAAACCAAGCUAUCAGACCGCUCCCCAGACAUCGACUACUCUGAGGAAGAGGAGGAGAGUGACUCAUCUGAACAGGAAGGCAGCGAUGACCCGCUCCAGUACCCUUUUGAUGAUGAGGAUGAGGUGAGGAAGAAAAAGCCAAGACACAAACUGACCACAGCUGCAUCAAUCACGCGAGCAAAUCAGCCUAACAUCAAGCAAAAGUUUGUGUCCUUGCUGAAAAGGUUCAAGGUGUUUGAUGAGGUGGGCUUUGGCCUGGACCACGUGUCUCAGGAGCAGAUCCAGGAUGUGGAGGAGGACCUGGACGACCUUUACGACAGCCUGGAGAUGUACAACCCCAGCGAUAGCGGCCCAGAGAUGGAUGAUACAGACAGCAUCAUCAGUACACCCAAGCCAAAGCUCAGACCGUUCUUUGAGGGCUUGUCCCAGUCCAGCUCUCAGACUGAGUUUGGCAGCCUGAACAGCAGAUGCAGCCAUGGCAGGGACACCCUGAGCACAAUGGACUGUAGAUUGAAGCGGUCCAGCAGCGGACACCUGGACGAUAACUCCGAGUCAGAUGCGCUGGAGCUUACAGAGCUGGAGGUUCUGGCUGAUGUCACCCCCUGCAUAACCCUGUCAGUAGCUGAAAGGCCACGGACUCCUCUGAAGAAUCAGAGCAUAUCUUCUCCUAGACUGGACGGGGACCGCACGCCCAGGCAGCGGCGUGGGACGCCCAUGCGGGAGCGGCAGCUGUCCAAGCCCCUGAGUGAGCGCACCAACAGCUCCGACAGCGAGAGGUCGCCGGACCUCAACCUCACACCACAGAUGCCGAGGAAGAUUGUGUACGACCAGCUGAAUCAGAUCCUGCUGUCAGACAGCGCCCUGCCAGAGAGCCUGAUCCUGGUCAACGGCACUGACUGGCAGGGACAGUAUGUGUCCGAGGCCCUGCAGGCCCAGAGUCUGGCGGUGGUGAGCACCUGCUCCACAUCUGAGAUCCAGGCUGCCCUCUCCGCGCUGCUCAGCCGUAUUCAGAAGUUCUGUAAUUGUAACUCCACCACGCCCAAGCCAGUGAAGGUGGUGGCAGUUGGUGGACAGAGCUAUCUGGGGGCCAUCCUCCGCUUCUUUGUCUCUGAGCUGGCCAGCAAAACGUCCGACUGGCUUGGUCACAUCAGGAUCCUGGUAGUUCCUCUGGGCUCUCACCCCGUGGCCAAGCACCUGGCCUCGCUGGAUAAUCGCUACAGCUCCUCCUUCCAGGACUCUGGCUGGCGGGAGCUGUUCAGCCGCGCAGAGUCCCCUCACACAGGUGCGCUCUCCCAACCACCUACUCACACAGGUGCGCUCUCCCAACCACCUACUCACACAGGUGCGCUCUCCCAACCACCUACUCACACAGAUGUGGAGAGUGUGGAUGUGGUGGGGAGGAUCAGCCAGUACAUCAGUGGCGCCUGCGUCACUCACCAGCUCCCCAUCGCUGAGGCCAUGCUCACCUGCAAGCCCAACACACAUGAAGAGGAUUCCUGCCAGAAGUUUGUGCCAUUUGUUGGUAUGGUGAAGGUUGGGCUUGUUGAGCCGAGUCCAGUGUUUACAGGCGGAGACUGUGAGGAGAGCCUGUCUGUGUGUCUGUCUGUGCCCUCCACCUCACCCCCGGCACACGGAUCAGCCGGCUCCCCCUUGAAGGAUGCUGUAACCCCACCCCCUUCUCCUUCUCUCAGCGGAUUGGCUGUUAUGGGGAGCCCGAUCAUGGCUCACGGGAUGGACGCCAUUGGCCUGCAGGUGGACUACUGGGCCGCUACGGCGCCAGACAAGCGCAAGGAGGGCGAGCGACGCGAGGCGGGCACCAAGAACACCCUGAAGAGCGCCUUCCGCUCGCUGCAGGUCAGCCGGCUGCCCAGCUCGUCCUCGGCCGAGCUCCAGCACCUGGCCAACACCAUGGCCAUGACGGUGGUCACCAAGGAGAAGAACAAGAAAGUCCCCACCAUAUUUCUUGGGAAGAAGCCAAAGGAGAGAGACAUCGAGUCCAGGAGCCAAGUUAUCGAAGGCAUCACCAGACUUAUAUGCUCCUCCAAACAACAGCAGACCAGCCUGCGAGUGUCUGUAGAUGGCCUGGAGUGGAACGACGUGAAGUUCUUCCAGCUGGCCGCCCAGUGGCCCACGCAUGUGAAGUACCUCCCCGUGGGCCUGUUCGGCUACAGCAAACCGACCUCUUAGUGCCCACUCACACUCCGAGUCGAUCUCAUCAGGAGCUUCCUGGACACAGUGUUCUGGUGUUUUCCGUGACACAGUGUUCUGGUGUUUUCCGUGACACAGUGUUCUGGUGUUUUCCGUGACCGUGUUCUGGUGUUUUCCGUGACCGUUUGGCUUCCAGGGUGGGUGGAUGGGGUUUAGCACCCCGGAGUUCUUUCAGCAUCAAUGAAAUGAUGAGGUGCUGAAACUCAUUCUGUAAUCUGUGGUUAACAACACCUCAAGUUACAAUAACUGAUGCUGAAGGCUAACUGAUGCUGCAUUGAGAAAAAGCCACACACUUCCAUUUGAGCUGUAAUUCCUUGUAUGAGGCUGGAUAUUGUGUGUGUGCACUCUACAAACUAGUUCUCACCAGUGGGUUUUGCUGUUGAUGUUGCAUUUGUGCAAUAACACUUGAACUUUGUGUUAAUUUUAUGGUGUUCAGUAAACAAACAAUAGUGGAAUAUGAUAAUUACCUUUGACUUGAUCCCUUGUAUUGCAAUAAUGUGAUCUAUAGUGUAGUAGUUGAAUCAGUCAAAUAUCUCAUAAAAGAUUUGUUUUUUUUUUUGCUUAAACCCCAUCUUUUUUCUAUAACACAGAGGCCUUGCCAAAAGAAUAUAGGCAGUUAUUAGAGGACGUUUCCGUCGGCUUCAGAGAGAAUUUGAAGUGGGCCUUAAUUUCUAACAUAUUGAACGUUGCUAUGGUUCCCCCAAACUAGUUUCUGUGAGUGACAGCUUCUUUGGUGGUUGCUUAUUUGAUUACUCAGUGUCUAUAACAUUAAACAUUGUAGGAUAUACCAUGCUGCUAAUAUGGACCAAUGUGGCUUUCCAGUGUGAAGUGUUUUGUAUGAAUUGCCUUAUUGUGAAAUCGAUGUGUACAUAUAUUUAAUGGAUCUUUUUGAAACAUGUAUCUGCAAAUUCUAUGACUUGUCACAGAUUUUUGUGAAAGAGAUUCUUUUCAUAUGCUGCAUUUUAAAAAAGGAUCCGACCAGCAAGCACUUUGCUGUUACAUUCCAGCUUUCUGUUUAGAUUUUGCCAACAUUCUGGUCAAGCACAUUGUCAAGACUCAACCAAAAAAAUAGAAACAGAUUUUCCACUGCUUAGAUGUUCAAAUAACUGUAAUCAUAUGACACUAGCUAUUUCUGCAUGUUGAAUGAUUCUGAAACAUGUAGUGAUUUUAAUGUAACUGCCAAUUUCAGGAUGUUGGUGUACUGAAAAGCAUAGGUAAUAAAAAAUAUGUUUUUCAUU